UUGUUCACAUGGAGAAUCGGGAGGUCCGGGACCCUGUCUGAUGGGGAGAGGUCGGUGGUAACUCGUCUGGCAGGGACUUUUGGUUAUGGGCAAAAUCCCAACAAAAGUGGACGUGUUCAGCUUCGGGGUUGUCAUAAUGGAGCUGCUAACUGGCAUGAUGGCCCUCGGGCUCGAGGAAAGCCAGUAUCUGGUCCCUACUUAUGGCAAGUGAAAUCGAGUGUGGACAAGCUGUGGGGAUCCAUUGACACACCCCUGGAUGUCAAGGACGAAGCCCGCGAAAGCGUGUCCAUCUUGGCCAACCUCGCGGGCCACUGCACAGCUCGACCAAAUGGUGGAAGACUGGCAAGAGGCUGA